CCAGUCUGGCCUCGGCACGCGACCGCGUUACACGAAAUGUGACGGACCCGAGAGAGAAAGGGGAAAAAAGAAGAAAAAGAAAAUAAUGAAGAAGAUGCGUCUUCGCGUCCUCUGCUUCGACCUGGGAUCGAAGAGUGAUGGAUACGACCUUAGCUCGAAAAGCUCUAGAGUCGCCAGGUGCAUCCCGAGGGAGGGCACGACCGACAGAAAGUACAGGAUGAGCCCACCGCACCUGGUGACAGAGGACACGCCGCCUGACAUGCUAGCAGGAAACAUGGACCUUCGACUCGUCCUUCCGAACGGAAGCAGGGUUAAGAUGAGCGUGGACAGGAGGACCCCUAUGAUGGACCUCCUGGUGCACCUGACCACCACGUACAAGAUCUCGCCUGCAGGUCAUAUCCUCCAGCCCUACGGUGAGACAGGUCUUCUUCCCUAUAAGCCGAGUACGCCUAUCGGCGCUCUGGACACAUGGACAGUACACAUCGUUCCGAAGAACCAGGCUGUUCAGAACCCGGCAAACAAGAUCUCACUCAAGCAGGUGACACAGCCGUUCGAACAGACGUACAGGUUCCAAGUGAACCUCCCCAGGAACCAACUGUACGUGACCAGGGUCUCGGGCCGUACGACCAUGUCCGAGAUACUGAAACAGGCGUGCAGGGAGAAGGAGCUCGAUCCGGGCAAGUACACGCUGAAGCAUCCAAAACAGCUCGACGGGCCAGCCCUCUACGAUGACCUUUCGGUCGCAGAGUACGGACACAACCAGGUAUCCAUGGUGUCGUCCAGGUCUGUCCCGAGCGCCAUAUCCACCGAGGACAUACUUGCAAUGAAGAACUACAAUUCGAAAUCUAGUGAAAGCAGUUCGAGAAGCCUAAGCCCCGACAGCUCCAUCUCUCCUCGUAACCCCGUCCAACCUUCUAGACCGGUCAGGAAACGGAGGCCAGCCCCCAAGCCUCCGGUCCAGCCCAAAAAGGGAGAGGAGGAUCCUAAGAAGACCACCACUGUUAUAUGCCAUUCUCGCACGUCCUCCGACAGCUCCGGCUACCAUGAGGCCUCAGUUCUGAGCGAAGGGCCCGAAUCCAACCACAGCAGUCUGCCCGAUUCCCUGCCGAGGCGGAGCAAACUGCCGAGUGAAAAGCCGAUGAACAAGCUUUCACGUAGUCUUUCAAACCUGCACCACGCUUCAACGUCCCAGGCGGGGAUGAAGCCCGCGCAGAGCACCUCCUCCCUCGCACCUAGUCGAAAGAAAAAACCAGCACCUCCGCCCCCCGUGGCAAUAGUCGAGGAAAAGGAAGAACCUUCCACGCCUAGGACAGUCCGGACCCUGCCGCCAGGCGCACGACUCGCCGUACCCGAACCCACGCUUUGUAGUGACACAGCGGAACAAGUAGAACCCAACACAGAGGGCCUGAGGUCCGACCCGACGUCCGUGUACAUCGAUCCUUACUCCUCGGAUAAGAGGGCCGAGUCGAAACCCUGCUCGUUGAGCGACCUCGAGGCGGACAGAAUCGAAGAGGAGAUCGAACGCAUGUUUGAACAGGCGACGAGGGAGCACGUGAGCCUCGAGUCAGGGGUCGACAUCGCCGAAUCGCCAGAACUCGCCAACAACAUUCCGACCCCCGAGACACCCCAGAACGAGGACCCUUUCAACUGGGAGUACAAACUGCCAGCACCGCCGACAUUCAGGGAUGAGACCUCUUCACCGACAGUCACGGAAUACUCGACCAUGACGGUCGGGAUCAAAGAGGUUUUCUAUAAGACGAACGAAGAACCUGUAGUCGCCGAGAGUGUACGUCCACCACCUCCUCCAGUCUCAUCGGUGACGAAGGAGAGGCAGGCAGUCGUCGCCGAGCUCACCCACGUCCUCCAGAGCAAACAGCCCAUCCAGGAGAACAGGGUCGGCUUCAAGAUCACGGCGUACAAGACCGACCAGAAAUCACCCAAGAAGUUCGAAACGAACAUAGCGAGGAGGAGCUCGUUCGCUGAACAGGCGAGGCACUGCUCACCGGUGAAACGGUCCGCGUCCCAAGCCGGCAAUCUCGCCAGAACGAGGUUCAGCGCUAGCAACACGAAUCUAGUCGAAACCCAGGAAGAGCCGAGCCUCCGGAAGACGAGCAGCGAGCUCAGCGUUGCCGUAGAUUUGGCAGAAAAUGAUAGCAGGACCCUUGACUGUGAGGAAACUGGGCUGCAAUCCUUACAGGUUUUAAGGAGUAUAUUGCCGCAGCUGAGCCAGUCACAGGGAGCUAUGAACACCGUCGGAGAAAAGUCGAACGGGAGGAACGUGUACCAGAGGCCAAAGGUGAACCUUUCGCUUUCCACGUGGGGCGAGCGUCCUAAACGCCAAGUGAGCAUCAAGUCAGACAAGGACUACGUUUUCGGCGCCAAGCAGCCCGUCAAGUCCGACCAGCAGGCCAAACCCCCAUGCAAAGUCCCCAAGCCGGUCCAGUGCAGCCAGAGCUUCAAAGGUCCGAGGACGAUCGCAUACAAGACCCUCGACACCGGGAACACAAAACCUCUCAAACAGAUACUAGAGAGGGACCCGAGGCCGCCCGUCGUUCGAUCAGUCGAACUGAAGAAACCCUACAAAAUGGAGAACCAGAGGCCGUCCUCAUCGUACCUUUUCGGGUGCCAGCCGACCAAGAGGUACACAUCGGUCGUCGACCUGAACCCGGCUUCGUACCACAAGCGGAUCCCGGAAACCGUCAACGACCCAAGGGAGGAGCUGCUUCGGUCCAUAAGGGGGUUCGGUGGACGCAACAACCUCAGGAAAGUCUCCGCACGCUAGACCCCUCAAACACCUGCACAUCCAAAACAAACAAAACGAAAAAACUCGAUCCAAUUUUUGUCCAAAACCAACAACCAAAAUUGACAGUUUUUUGUUUUUUUGAUCUUCCUUUCUUCCUAAAAAGUUCCUCUUUUCCAACCUGACUCCUCGUCCCCCACUAGUCUCGACGGACUAUAAAAACAACGAAAAA